AUGAAUCAGGAAAAAGACGAAGCACUGACAAUGGAAGAAGAGACUAAAGAGAUCGGUGUAACGAGUGAAACAACAACAAAUAGUGGGUCGAACAAACAUCAAGCUGAAACCGAUGACGACGAAGAGGAUGAACCUGUUUAUAUCGAAUCAAGUCCAUGUUCCAGAUGGCAAAAACGACGUGAAACGGUUGCUCAACGUGAUAUUCCUGGUAUUGACGCAUCAUAUUUAGCUAUGGACACCGAAGAAGGUGUGGAAGUUGUUUGGAAUGAAGUUUUAUUUUCUGAAAGAAAAAUCACCGAUAUUCAACAUAAUAAAAUUCGCGAAGUUUUUGAUAAACUAAUCGAAUUAAACCAUAUGAACAUUGUGAAGUUUCAUGGUUACUGGCAAGAUCGUACACUAAAUGAUGACCGUCCUCGGGUUGUUUUCAUAACGGAAUACAUGUCAAGUGGAUCGUUGAAGCACUUUCUACGCAAAACGAAGAAAACGAAACAAAACCUAUCGAAAAAUUCCUGGAGACGUUGGUGUAUUCAAUUACUAUCAGCCCUCAACUAUCUACAUUCUUGUGACGAACCAAUAAUACAUGGCAAUCUAACUUGUGAUACGAUAUUCAUUCAAAAUACUGGUCUUGUGAAGAUUGGAUCGAUUCAUUUUCCUCAGUUGAAAGCAUUCGUUGACGUGGGCAUCGUUGCACCGGAUGUAUUGCAUCGACAUGUGAAGAGCUUUUCUGAUUCAGCAGCGAAAAAUGUUCAUUUUCGAGCACCAGAAUUCGAUGCAGAAUUGAGUCAUAUUACGACAGCUGCUGAUAUCUAUUCACUUGGGAUGGUAACACUUGAGAUGAUCAAUCUUGAUCUCGGUGGCAAUGGCGAUACGCAUUCGGUAACUGAAGAAGUUGUGAACGAAGCUAUUCAAAGUCUCGAAAAUCCUGUACAAAAAGAUCUCAUUUUGAAAUGUCUAGCAACGGAUCCAACACGGCGACCAACUGCGCGCGAGUUACUCUUUCAUCCGGCUUUAUUUGAAAUUCCAUCGUUGAAAUUACUUGCUGUUCAUUCAUUAGCAGACGAUAUUCGAUUGAAGCCUGAUCGUUCAUUUGUUUCACCUGUUGUACAUCCCAUAUCGAAUGAUCAAGUCUUUGCAGAAUUAGAACCAAUACGAGAAGGUGUCAAACCAGUGAUUUAUACUUAUAAAGAUUGUCCAUCAUUUGACUUAGAUAAAUUACUUGAAGAUGUCCAAAAUGGUUUAUAUCCUAUAACCGCUUAUCACCUCCUAUUUCCUACGCAAAGUUCAUUAUCAGUACCAACGGGAACUAAUGUUUCGGAGAAAAACAUUGCAUCAUCGACAUCCUCUCUCUCAUCUAUAGUGUCGACAACAACUGAAAAUGAUUUACAGACUCCCGUACAAACCAUAUCCGAUCCAUCGGUAUUUCUUGCGAAUAAUAUCAAUGAUACGAAUUCUUUAACGACAAAUCACGAAAGAUCAACGUCUAUUGUCAAUGAAGUUGAACAUCAUCGUCGAGAAUCGAUCACAGCAGCAACAGCAAAUCAUAUUAACCAUUCAUCAAUACCACCAAUAGCUACUAUCGAUGAGAAAGAAAGUCGACGAAUUAUUGAUAUUCAAUGUAAAAUCAAAACCAAAGAAACAGGCUUAUGUUUGUUAUUCAUCAGUGUGAAGUUUCAAGAUCGAUUGCAACGUGAUAUGACAGCAGAAAUCGAACAAGAUGAAACACCGAAUGGUAUUACAAAAGAACUACUAGACCUCGGCCUCAUCCAUGAGUAUGAUUACGCACGGGUUGAACAAUCGAUUGAUAGAGCCCUCAGUACCACAGUCAUAUCUCCCGAUGUUCUCAAUGCGACAUCCACGUCAUUACUUGAUGUGAAAAAGACAGCUGUUGUUGCUGCAACUGCUGCUUUGAUUACUGCUCAAGCUCUACAAAAUCAAUUUAAUCCUCCACCUCCAUCGAUGCCAUCAAAUGGAACCAUUACCGACACAAACCACGUCAAUAAUAGCACACCUACGCCAUGGGCUAACCCACCGGCACAGCCUGCUAUGUGUUUACCGCCUUAG